AGGAAGCUUCUGCCCACAGCUUGGGAGCAGUCAAGUCCAGGUUCUAGAACAAUCUGUCCUCGCCCUUGCUGGGCAGUCUGCUUCCUUCUCCAGCCAGCCUGUGCAUCUUGCUGCCGUCCCAAACUGAGAUGGACAAGUCCCUGCUCCUGCUCCUGCUGCUGGCAGUCUUCCCUUUUGUGUUCUUCCAAGGAGUGGGUCCAGCCACAUUAUGCAUGGUCUGCAACAAUUUUAAGAGAGGUCAUUGUUUGAGGGGCAAGGGCAAUUGCACCAUGGAACAAGGUCCUGGCUGCAGAACCAGAGAUUUCUUCAUUUUCACGGAGCGAGAUGGGUGGCGCUACAACCACACUGAACUGGACUGCUCUGAUCAUUGCCUACCUGUAAGUUUCCAUCUAGGAGCCAUGAAGAUUUCAACCUUCUGCUGUAAAGGUCGAGAUUUCUGUAAUAGAUAUCAAGGAAAAGGACAGGAAUGGAAGCCUCGCUAACUGUUCUCCCCCUGUUGGUGGAGGUGUCCACUCCCCCGUCCCCAUCCUUGGCCAUCCUUGACCCUCUCUGGGCCUCUCUCCCUCCACAUGUGCUCCUGAGGAGCACACAGCAUCCUCCCGUCUCCUCCCAGUUC